CUUUGGUUCAGUCAUCUUCUACACUACAAUUCCCGCCCCCGAACAAGGGGAAAAAAAAAUCAAUCCUUGUUCACCUUUUCCUUCUUGCUGAUGCUUCCCUUCAAUCAGACGACAGCCAGGCUCCGUCCAAUUGUUCAUUCUCAACUACAAGAGAUGCCUUGGUGGUGAAGGGCUUAGGUGCUUGGAGCUGUUCUCUGAGGUCAUCAUAGGUUGAAGCCAAAGUACCCAUUUGAUGAAAUAGAAAGCUGAGUGUAAGAAUUGACACACUUCCAAGUUUAAGAGUGAAAGCGAUAUUAGGGUUUUAUGAGGAAAUGAAGGGAUGGUUAUUAGUUAGAGUAGUAGUUGGAAGGGGGUAAAUAGGAAUUGAUUCAAUUGGUUUAAGGCAUGAGCGAUCUCAAGAAAGGGAGGGCCCAAGUUCCUCAAAUGACUUGGUUUAUCUUGUAUCUUGAAGUAUAGCAAUAAAGGAAGAAUUUUUGGGUUGUUGCAAUUUAUUACUGAAUUUGGGGUCAACUUAGCAAGAAGAUUUCACGGAGCUCUAUCAGAGCCUCACAAUGGAAGAAGUGGCCAUGUACAUGGUAGCAAGUGUAGUCAGUUUUCACAGCCUACCAAUAAUUCGCCUACUUCGAUCACUUGGAAUCCAGAAGUGGGAGAGCAAGUUGGCAACUUGUUUCUUUCACUUUCUAACCACUCAAAUCCUGAAGUCUCGUGUUUCUCUCAGAAGGGUUUCUCUCAGAUCACAGAAGAAAUCAUUGGCAGAACAAUUCAUGCCAUUUGCUUAAAGAGUUUGGUGAGGUUGAAAGUGUUCCAAACCAAUACUUUGAUAAAUAUGUAUUCAAAGUUUGGCCGUAUAAACUAUGCUCAGUUAGUAUUUGACAGAAUGUCCGAGAGAAAUGAAGCUUCUUGGAACCAUAUGAUGUCAGGUUAUGUCCGCGUAGGUUCAUAUGUGGAAGCAGUAUUGUUCUUUCGAGAUAUCUGUGGGAUAGGCAUCAAACCAAGUGGAUUCAUGAUCGCGAGUUUAGUCACUGCUUGCAAUAAGUCUUCUAUUAUGGCCAAGGAAGGUUUCCAAUUUCAUGGUUUUGCAAUUAAAUGUGGUUUGAUAUAUGAUGUUUUUGUAGGUACUUCUUUUGUGCACUUUUAUGCUAGCUAUGGGAUUGUCUCUAAUGCUCAAAAGAUGUUCAAUGAGAUGCCUGAUAGGAAUGUGGUCUCUUGGACUUCUUUGAUGGUUUCAUAUUCAGAUAACGGAAGUAAGAAGGAAGUGAUAAAUACUUAUAAACGCAUGAGGCUUGAAGGAAUAUGUUGCAAUGAAAACAAUAUAGCUUUAGUAAUUAGUUCUUGUGGGUUUCUGGUGGAUAUAAUUUUGGGUCGUCAACUUCUUGGACAUGCUUUAAAGUUUGGACUAGAGACUAAAGUUUCUGCAGCUAACUCUCUCGUAUUCAUGUUUGGUGGUUGUGGUGACGUUGAUGAGGCUUGCAGUAUUUUCAAUGAGAUGAAUGAAAGAGACACAAUCUCCUGGAAUUCCAUCAUCUCUGCCAAUGCACAAAAUGCACUACAUGAAGAAUCAUUUAGGUAUUUUCACUGGAUGCGCUUAGUCCAUGAAGAGAUGAAUUACACAACACUUUCUAUUUUGUUAUCGAUUUGUGGUUCUGUAGAUUAUUUGAAGUGGGGCAAAGGGGUUCACGGUCUAGCAGUGAAAUAUGGACUAGAAUCCAAUAUUUGUCUUUGCAAUACACUUUUAAGCAUGUAUUCUGAUGCUGGGAGAUCUAAAGAUGCAGAAUUGAUCUUUAGAAGAAUGCCAGAAAGGGAUUUAGUCUCAUGGAAUUCCAUGUUAGCAUGCUAUGUUCAGGAUGGAAGGUGUUUGUGUGCCUUAAAAGUUUUUGCUGAGAUGCUUUGGAUGAAAAAAGAGAUCAAUUAUGUCACUUUUACCAGUGCAUUGGCUGCCUGUUUAGAUCCUGAAUUCUUUACCGAAGGUAAAAUUCUCCAUGGUUUUGUCGUCGUUCUGGGCCUCCAAGAUGAGUUGAUCAUUGGAAACACAUUAAUUACAUUUUAUGGAAAGUGUCAGAAGAUGUCUGAGGCGAAAAAGCUAUUCCAAAGGAUGCCCAAGCUUGACAAAGUAACCUGGAACGCACUUAUUGGUGGUUUUGCUAAUAAUGCAGAACUAAACGAGGCAGUAGCAGCUUUUAAAUUGAUGAGGGAAGGAGGUACAUGUGGGGUUGACUAUAUUACCAUUGUGAAUAUUCUUGGUUCUUGUUUGACUCGUGAGGAUCUGAUCAAAUAUGGAAUACCCAUCCAUGCUCAUACAGUUGUGACUGGAUUUGAUCUGGACCAGCAUGUGCAAAGUUCCCUUAUCACAAUGUAUGCAAAGUGUGGUGACCUUCAAUCGAGUAGCUAUAUCUUUGAUCAAUUGGUGUUUAAAACUUCUAGUGUGUGGAAUGCCAUCAUUGCUGCAAAUGCUCGUUAUGGAUUUGGAGAAGAAGCUUUGAAACUUGUAGUAAGGAUGAGAAGUGCUGGAAUUGAAUUUGAUCAGUUCAACUUCUCCACCUCCCUUUCAGUUGCUGCCGACUUGGCUAUGUUGGAGGAAGGCCAACAGCUUCAUGGAUCAACAAUUAAACUAGGAUUCGAAUUGGAUCAUUUUAUUACAAAUGCUGCUAUGGAUAUGUAUGGGAAGUGUGGGGAACUGGAUGAUGCUUUAAGAAUACUUCCCCAGCCUACUGAUAGGUCACGAUUAUCAUGGAAUACAAUGAUAUCGAUUUUUGCCAGACAUGGACAUUUUCGUAAGGCUAAGGAAACUUUUCAUGAGAUGCUAAAGCUGGGUGUAAAACCUAAUCAUGUAUCAUUUGUAUGUCUUCUUUCUGCAUGUAAUCAUGGGGGCUUAGUCGAAGAGGGUCUUGCUUAUUAUGCUUCUAUGACUUCUGAAUAUGGAAUUCAACCAGGAAUAGAACAUUGUGUGUGCAUGAUUGAUCUUCUUGGAAGAUCAGGAAGGCUUGUAGAAGCUGAAGCUUUUAUUACAGAUAUGCCUAUUCCACCUAAUGAUCUUGUUUGGCGGAGUCUUUUGGCGUCUUGUAGAAUAUAUCGCAAUCUAGACCUCGGACGAAAGGCUGCAAAGCAUCUUCUUGAGUUGGACCCAUCUGAUGAUUCAGCUUAUGUUCUUUACUCGAAUGUCUUUGCAACAAUUGGCAGAUGGGCAGAUGUAGAAGAUGUGCGGGGACAGAUGGGAGCACACAGAAUUCAAAAGAAGCCGGCACAUAGCUGGGUCAAAUGGAAAGGCAAUAUCAGCAUAUUUGGAAUGGGGGAUCAAACACAUCCUCAAAUGGAACAGAUAAAUGGCAAGUUGUUAGGACUUAUGAAAAUAGUUGGAGAAGCUGGUUAUGUUCCUGAUACAAGCUAUUCGCUGCAAGAUACAGAUGAAGAACAGAAGGAGCAUAAUAUGUGGAGUCAUAGUGAGAGGAUUGCUCUUGCUUUUGGAUUGAUCAACAUUCCAGAAGGUACUACUGUUCGGAUUUUCAAGAAUCUGCGUGUUUGUGGUGACUGCCAUUCUUUCUUCAAGUUUGUCAGUGGAGUUCUGGGGCGAAAAAUCGUAUUGAGGGAUCCAUAUCGGUUUCAUCACUUCACCAAUGGCGAUUGUUCCUGUUCUGACUAUUGGUAAUGAAGUUACCCACAAUCUGAUCAAUUUCUGACUUCUCCAACGACCAAAAAGGAGAUACAGGCAACUGGAAUACUGAUUCUUCGUCAGGUCUUGGAUCCAAAGCCGGUCUUAAUAGGCAAUUGAGAAAGAGUUUUGCAGCCUACAUUUAAUAUAAUUUGACCAACUCAACUUCUCUCGAUUCACCUGAGCUAAAUUCAGAUGGACAAUGAUUCAAAUAUUAAAAUGAAAAGUUGCUCCUGGCUACUCUCUAUCAGGCUAUCUUCUCUUUUCUUCUGGCUUUGUGAGGAAUAGAUGUGUCUGGCAAAAGCCAAAUCUUCAAAAGCAGGAGAGAAGAACAGUUGCAAUAAUAUGGUGAUGGGUUCUUGGCUAUACCCUUCAUUCUUCAAGAAGAGGUAGCUAUUUAUUAGUCCAAAGUGCUUUAGAAUGUAACUGAUUCUUUCAAGUCUUCAAUUCCUUGCAGCUAUCUCAUGAAUUUCAAUGUUCCUUCCUAAUAAAGUUAAUGAAAAGAGAAGAACGUUGCAGCUACUACUUUUUCCUUUCCUUCAAGCACAAAUUAUCUUUGCUUCAAGCUUUCUUAAGUGGUAUCUUGGUUUCAUUUGGUUUGGUUAUGAGAAUAUUUCAGGGAAAAAUACUUGUUUCUUCCCAUAUACUUACUCGAGGAGACCGAACCACAAGAUGGUUAAAAAGGAAUUGUGGGGUGCCUGAUUAUGAUACAGGCAAUUCAAUCCAAAAACGAAUUAGAGAGUUUAUGUGCAGGUAGUUGUCUUUGGCCAUUGGAGUGUUCUGUUAAUGAAUCCACUAUUUUGAGUUAUAUCAAAGUUGUAAGAGAACAGUGAAUUCCUUGAGGAAGUUGUUGGUAAGGAGAAAAUAGAGUGAAGAAUUGAAGCAGCAGGGGAGAAGGAUUUGAAGAUUUUAGAAGAAAGACUUGUAUUCUUUUUAUUCUUUCUCGAUAAAAGUUAGGUUGAUUACAAAAAUAAAACAAAACUAAACUGUACCAUACCACUCUUUUGAACUGUAGUUUCACUUCUUAGUUUGUUGGAAAAUAUUAUUAAUUUAUUAUUCAAUUUCAGUGUCUUGACUGACUGAAA